UCUCGCGUGGCUGGCUGCUUUCUCUCCACCUCCACCAGCAAACGGCACAGCACCACUGACCAGCAGCGCCUCUCUUCCUUCUCUUCUCCCCCACCUCCUCUUUCUCGCUCUCUCUCCCUUUCUCUUUGAGUGAGCGAGAGGUCUCCCGAAACCCGGCCGAGGAGCUCCCGGAUACAUCAGAGAGGCGAUCUCCUCCUAAAGCGCAACAUGGCUACAAUCGUAACCUCCACCAGAUUCACAGACGAGUAUCAGCUGUACGAAGAGCUCGGAAAGGGUGCUUUCUCUAUCGUCCGCCGAUGUGUAAAGAAAUCAACAGGCCAGGAAUAUGCUGCAAAGAUCAUCAACACAAAAAAGCUGUCGGCGAGAGAUCAUCAGAAGCUGGACAGAGAAGCUCGGAUCUGUCGUCUCCUCAAGCACCCCAACAUAGUGCGUCUCCAUGACAGUAUCUCAGAAGAAGGCUUUCAUUACCUGGUCUUUGACCUUGUGACUGGUGGAGAGCUGUUUGAAGACAUUGUCGCACGAGAAUAUUACAGCGAGGCAGAUGCAAGUCAUUGCAUCAAUCAGAUCCUGGAAAGCGUCAGCCACAUCCACCAGCAUGACAUUGUGCACAGGGACCUCAAGCCUGAGAACCUGUUGUUGGCCAGUAAGAUGAAGGGGGCAGCAGUGAAGCUGGCUGACUUUGGUCUCGCCAUCGAGGUGCAGGGAGACCAGCAGGCCUGGUUUGGUUUUGCAGGCACUCCUGGAUAUCUGUCCCCUGAAGUCCUGAGAAAGGACCCCUAUGGCAAGCCAGUGGAUAUCUGGGCCUGUGGUGUGAUCUUGUAUAUUCUUCUGGUGGGUUACCCUCCCUUCUGGGAUGAAGACCAACAUAAGCUCUAUCAACAGAUCAAGGCUGGAGCGUAUGAUUUUCCAUCACCAGAGUGGGACACCGUUACCCCAGAGGCCAAAAACCUCAUCAACCAGAUGCUGACCAUCAACCCAGCGAAGAGAAUCACUGCUGAUCAAGCGCUCAAGCAUCCGUGGGUCUGCCAACGGUCUACUGUUGCCUCCAUGAUGCAUCGACAAGAGACCGUCGAGUGUCUGCGCAAGUUCAACGCCCGCAGAAAACUGAAGGGGGCUAUUAUCACCACCAUGCUGGUAUCCAGAAACUUCUCAGUGGGUCGGCAGCACACCGCCCCAGCCACCCCUACCACCAGCACAGCUGCACUGGCACAGGAAGCGUGCAAAAGUUUAAUGGCCAAAAAGUCAGAUGGCGUCAAGCCACAGACAAACAACAACAAAAACAGUGUAGUAAGCAGCAGCACCAAAGACAGCAGCAUAUCAUCCACUGCACCAAUGGAAUCACAGACCACUGUCGUGCACAAUCCAGCCAAUGGCAUCAAGGGCUCUACAGAGAGCUGCAACACCACAGAAGAGGAGGACAUGAAAGGUAGGAAAGCAUCGGUGGGCGGGGAUAGCAAUGACAGUGCAGUGGUCAGCCAAUGCAGUGCCUCUGAGGAGCCAACUCCUCAGACUGAGACUCCUCCCCCUUGCCCACCUCUCACACGAAAGCAGGAGAUCAUUAAAAUCACAGAGCAACUGAUUGAGGCCAUCAACAAUGGAGACUUCGAAGCCUACACGAGGAUCUGUGACCCUGGCCUCACUUCUUUUGAACCAGAAGCACUUGGAAACCUGGUGGAGGGCAUGGACUUCCAUAAGUUCUACUUUGAGAAUUUGCUGAGUAAGAACAGUAAGCCGUUGCAUACAACUAUUCUGAACCCUCACGUGCACCUGAUCGGAGAGGAUGCCGCCUGCAUCGCCUAUAUCCGACUGACGCAGUACAUGGACGGUCAGGGGCGCCCACGCAGCUGCCAAUCAGAGGAGACCCGCGUGUGGCACCGUAGAGAUGCCAAGUGGCUCAAUAUCCACUUCCACUGCUCUGGAGCGCCCGCCGCACCGCUACAGUGAAGCACACAGGGCAGAGCAUGCCUGAAUACUAAAAGUGAUUGGAGCAUUUCUUCUCCGUGCACGUAUUGCCGCCUGGAGCCCGGCCGUAAGAGAACCUCUUGAAGUUUUGAAAACGUAAGGGGAAAAAAUUGACACAACAAAGAAAUGUAUUUAAAGCAAACUGUGGCCACCACUUCUGCCCAACCCUAGCUAGACGUGGGGCGGGCGGCCAUGGCAGCAGCCCCGCCUUCUGGAUGCUGCAUGCUUCUAAUGCCCACACGGGGCGCUGUAUUGUCUUUACCCAUAAUCCCAUAAUCUCUGCUGCCCAACAUUCGGAAAUGGUGUUUAAAGUAUUAAUAUAUUGUAAAAUAUUGAGAUCUUCACUUGUGUAAUUAACAACUGAUAGUAAUGGAGGGAAUCAGAAAUGUGUUUUUAAAAAUAAGAGCACGCCAUUUAAGGAGUAAAUGGAGUUUAUUAGAUUUAGUUUUUCUUAUGCAAAGAAUGUGAUUGAACAGCAUAUCAGAGGAACAGAAAAAUGUUAAGUUGAUAAAUAUCAAACGUUAAAGCACCAAAGUGUAGACUCUUGACAUCUUUAAGAAGAGGAUGUUUUUAAUGUUGCUUUUAUUUUUCUUGAAAGGGAGGAUAAGGUUGGGAAAGGGUUUUUUUUGGUACGUUGUAGUGUAUUAUUUUGUGGAAUUCCUGAUUUUUUUAUCUUCUAAAUUAUGCUGUAUUUGUACGUUUUCUGUGUUUUCAAGAGAAUUGUUUUAAAGUGGGGCACGAUUUACUGUAGUUGCGCAUAAAUAGUUAUUUAUCACGAGAAGGGAAUAAACAGUCUGUGGUUUUAGGGUAUGGGGAGGGGAGAUGUGCGAGUUGAAUGUUGGUGUUUGUGUAAAUGUCUUUCUUGGGCUCGAUAUGCUUGUUGUUCUCUGGUGUUUAAAGUAGUUGAGUUGGGUUUUUUGGCUUCCUGUGUGUUUGCAUCCAUAACCUCCCAGCUGUCUGAACCUGAAGUUUCGUUUUAAAUCAGUGUUCUGAAUUUAUUGCUUGUCUCCUGGUCACCAGGGGGCACUAAACACUACUUGCAUACUAUAAACUUUCUCAAAAAUACUCACCCUUUAGGCUUCCAGCUGCUGUGCACAUCUUUUUGUAGUUCCUAGGCAUGUCAAAAAGCAAAUAAAUAAAAUGGCCUGUACUGUUUUGCACAUAAGCUUAACGCUGAUCUGUUCACUUUAUAUGUGGACUGCUUUCCAACUUCAGGUUAUGAAAUCCAUCCAUGGAGUCCCAACACUCCAAACUGUCACAUUUCCCCUCCAUGAGCGUCUGCAGACUUAUAUUUUUCUGUUGCGUUGUUGCAGUUUUCAUGAUAGAUAGUGAGUUGAAGUGAUUAUGGUUUGCUUGGACAAUGGUCACUUGGCCUUCUAGUGUACAGACAGGAUAUUGAAUGAAAAAGACAUUCUGAAUGCAGUUUAAGGAGUUUUCUGUGGUCCAUUUUUUUUGCAGAAUCUGUUCUGAUUUUCUGAAUGUUGGUGUUUGUCAUGGAUUUGUUGCAUCGUGUUAUGUUAUAUUUUUCCUCAGUAUAAUCUGUAAAUACUUAUGAGGGAUGAAUCGAGCGCUUAGCUAAUCGGGGAGGCUUCCUUUUAAUCCCACACUCAACAAACACUUGGUAAACCGUCACGCACAAACACAACUCUUUCUGAUCGCAAAGUAAACAUAUGUUGUUAAAUGUCAUAUAUGAUGCUGAUUUGGAUGUGUUUAAGCACACAGACACAUUGUGUUCCCUUUAAAGUUUCCGUGUGUGAAUCUGUUUGACUGUCUUACAUUGGUGCACUGUUCUUGACUGUGUUAUUGCGUAGGGUCUUGUGUGAUUUUUGAUGCCUGAGGGGGGCUUUGCUGUUCACCCCUCCCACUCUGUGCUAAGCCAUCGCUUGUGACAUACUUUUUUGAAGUUGGGCAGCAAACGAUAACUCUGUUUAAAAACGAACUCCUGCCCUAAAGCAUCUUGUGCGUUCACAGAUGAAACCAUCUGCUGUGUCACCAAACUGUGCUCUCUGUCUCUCCCUGCUGCAGUUUUGUGUGUGUCCCGUCUGUGCUACAUACCCAAUGACUAUGAUCCUUCCUUCAGUCAUAGUUUGUUCUCUUCUCUAAGAAGGGAAAGUGUCCAGAUUGUUGUAUAGUUAACAAAUAAAACAAACAGUCAAGAGAGGAGAUAUUUUCAGAUGCAGGAGACUGCAGUUCUUGUGACUGUUAGGUGGACACGCCAACUAAAUAACUAGUUAAACCCACUCUAACAACCAAACCAUAUAUGCAGUUCAAGAGGCAGAAAAUAUGCAUGUGUAACUUUCUGGUAAUAUUUUUCACUGUAUGUGUUUACCUAAAAUUGAAAUCUAUGUAUGUUACCUGCAUCUUCAGGGUAAAUGAAAUGUGGCUCUGAAAUAUGGUUUCCAGUGCUAAAAUGUAAUCUUUUUGUAAAGAAAAGGACAAAAAGAGAUUAAAACAGCUUUAGCUUGGUAUGUUUCACAAUUCUUGACAACUUUUUGCAUUGUAACCAUAUAUGAUGGGACUAAAUAUGACUAUACUCUUAGGUUUAAUUGGAUGCUGGAUUUUUUUGCAUGACCAUACAAUUAAUAAAACUAUGAAUUUAAAUCUA